CAAAGCCGAAGGCAAUCAAACUCCCACCACAAGUUUCAACCGUCAGUGUCCCUCAUUUUAGAUCUUCUCGUUUGUAGAAGCCCCUCGAAAUUUAUGGCCAAACAAAGCUGGAAACAUUAAUCUUGAAAUAGCAAAAACACAACUCCUAAGUACUACACUGAAUUAACACUUUAAGAAGAUGAGUUCUGGAGCUAUUCUUAUUACCCCUUAUUUCUCUUUCCCUUCCAUUUCCAAUUCUAAUAAAUUUCCACGCCCUAAAUUUCAUUCUAGCUCGAGCAUAAACUAUACUAUUCGCUGCUCAACUUCAAGUCCCGAGUUACCAGUUACUACAACAGAGAGAUUUAGGUAUGAUACUCCUUUGACUGGUGGAGCAUUUGAUUUUGAAAAAGCCACAACUUCUCUAACUAGAAAGGCAUUGGCUUGUCCAAAGAAAGUUACAAUUGUAAGGCAUGGUCUCAGCUCUUGGAAUGAAGAAGGUAGAGUUCAGGGAAGCUCAAAUUUAUCUGUACUUUCUGAAAAAGGAGCAAUGCAAGCAGAAAGGUGCAAGACAGCCUUAUCUGAUUUGCAUUUUGACCAAUGUUUCUCUAGUCCAAUAGCACGCGCCAAGCAAUGUCUUCUGCAGACGACUGCUGAAAUCAUAUGGCAAGGAAAAGAAGAGCCUCUAGUUUUUCUUGAUUCCCUGAAGGAGGCCCAUCUAUAUUUUCUUGAAGGCAUGAAAAAUGAGGAUGCUAAGCGCAUAUAUCCAAAGGAGUAUACAACUUGGAGAGAAGAUCCGUCUAAUUUUUGUGUAGACGGUGUAUACCCUCUUCAGAAACUGUGGGGAAGAGCAUAUGAAGCAUGGGAAGAAAUUUUAUUGACACCGGGAGAGAACUUUUUGGUUGUGACGCACAAAUCUAUUUUACGAGCAUUGAUCUGCACAGCUCUUGGACUAGGACCAGAAAGGUUUCGUUCAGUGGAUAUAAAUAAUGGAGGAUUAUGUGUGUUCAAAUUCAACAAACAAGGAGAAGCCAUGCUUCAUUCCCUGAAUAUGACCGCACAUAUGUACACAGACCACAUCUACCGCUACUAAAUCAACGGCUAUAAGGACUCAAAAGACGGACAAUUAAGAUUACAAUCACCAGUGCAACAACAGAGAACCGCAUCAAACCAGAACAGAUGUCUGUGACUCUGUGCAGUAUGUGAGUUAUGAAUCAUUGAACUCCUAAAAUAAAAUUUUAGUUAGAAUAGCAUUAUAGGUUAAGAACAGCAAGAAUUUGUAACAUGUUCUUGUAAUUUAACUGUUACAAAGUUGACUGGAAGUAAAGAGUUCAUCAUUUCUUCCGGAAUGAAAUCUAGGCCGGUCUAUUGCAGAUUUA